UUUAUGAUACCUAUAUCAAACGUUUAAAAUGAUACUUACUUAAAAGGAAACAUAAAAUGAUGUUUUUGUUUUGUUAUUGCAUUAUUACAAUUUCCUGACUCUAAAAACACACAAACUAUCGUUUAUUUCGAUAUGCAUUGAUUCAUUACACCGUUCCUCAUUUGAUGCACAGUGAACGUUCAAAAGCGAACGCUGUGCAGUAAAAUAGGCCACUAUGAGUAAAGGCUUGUGAUUAUUGACGGAGGGAGUGUACGCUCUUUUCAAGGUCUGAAACGCCUUGUAGUGGUCGUCUUCUGUCGUUAGUAUCUCUUACAGACAUCAAACGGACCCUAAACGCUUUGCCUGAUCAAUUUAAUGACUUGACUCUAUUGUGUUCAAUUGUAUUCUAUUCUUUUGACCAUGGCUUUGGAUAACAACUGGGGCAGUACCAUGGGACAGUGCAAUCAGAUGUGAACAAUGAGAGGAAUAUUAUCCGGGGAUGGUGCAGUUUGAAGGCUGAGGCAGAAGAGGGCAGUCCAAUCAUGAACAAUCACAGCACAGCAGUGAUGAGAUCCAGAGGCGCCAGUCCCCUCAGUGACAGUAUGAUGUCCGAGGAGGCAGGAGAUGAAGUUCUUAUUAAUGACAUCACACAUGAAAUACCAUGUGAUUCAAAUGAGGAGAACGCCCUUACAACCGACAUGUAUGGAGCCGAUCUGCAGAGAACUCUAGGAGAGAUUCUUGCAUACUGUCAGGUUACAUAUGGAGCCAUUUUGAAACUUGAUGAAAAGUUUGAGAUACUGCAGGCUAAAGUAGCAAGCAUUCAGACCCUUCAUCAGAAUACAGCCCUCAUCUCUCAGAGGACGCAUGUGUCAUCCAGCUAUACAGACAACUGCCAGCCCAAGACCGAAGGCUCGCUCACCCCCGAUGCUGCCUCCUCCAUGCCUCACCUGGUUCAUAGUUCCUCUUCCUCUCCGCUUUCAUCUGUGGAGAGCAGGAAACCUCCUACACUCUCUCCUGGACCAGAGGUCCCCAGCCCUCCACGGCUUGUUAUCCAGAACCAGUGCCACAGCUCGGCAAAGGCCACAGCAACAACCCGCAAUUCAACACAAGGACCGUCUUUCAGCACAAAUAAAAUGACUCUGAUGCAGCAACUGAAGGAGCGAGUAAAGAGUCAAGCUCAAACAAGCAGCUCAGCUUCAAGUGCAGAUCCUGCAAACAUAAGGUGUCUGGGUAACUCUGAGAGAAAGGUCUUCCUUUCAAAUUGUGUGCUGCAGAGGGCAGGUAAAAUGGCACGACCCAGUGCAGCAGUGCGGUACCUGUUACGGAACAUCUUCACAACGGAGGAACUUUCUCAAAGCAGCACCACUGGAAACCCAGUCAGAUGUCUGAAGAGACUCGACCCAAACAAGAUCAAUGCCAUCAGAGAGUGGGCAGUAAAGAGGUACCCAAAAUAUGACCUUCGUGAGAAAGGCAAAGACUGGAAAGUUUGUCUGUCUGUGAUGAACUCAACGUCCCGCUACUUUCGGUUCAUGGACAAGACAAGGAUGCUAAAAAUGAAGGACAAAGAACAAGUUCCAUCAGAAGCAGCAACUACAACAGUUACAUGUGAACCCACCGCUGAGAUUGAUGUCGAACUGUCUGACAGUGACAGUGACCAGAAACAACAGGAAACACUCAAGAGCAGGAUGAAAACAGUAUCAGACUGUAACAUACCCACUGACUCUAAAUUUACUAACAGUAUUCCCAUAGUGUAUCUCGGCCCUCCUCAUCGAGAUGUGAAGGUUCCUGAGUUUGCCUUGUCUGCAGCACAUCUGAGAACGCGUCCUGAGCUCAUCGCUCGAUAUCUCAUCAAAUUCCUCUUCCCAGAGGAUGUGCUGCUACGCAGUAAUGUUUACGGUGGUGCACGGCACGGGAUUCAGCCCCUCGACCGCAACAGAAUAUCUGCACUACGAGAGCACCUGUUGGAGCGUUUCCCCUGGAUGAGUCUGGAAGAAGGUGGAUGCGACUGGAAAAUUUGCGUAGAAGCCAUAAACAGCACCAUCCGCAAGUUUCGAUAUGAGCACAAGAUGCGCAUAAAGAAAGAGAAAUGCCAGCGCUGAGACUGCUUAACUCAAAACAAUCCUCAAUUAGAGAUUCAGUUUGGAAAGCUGAUAGGACUGACUCGGAGUAUCUUUUUAUGUUGAGAAAUGCUGUCAUAGAUGGUACUGGUAGUUUUAUGUUUUUCUAAAAUACAGGACUAAUAUUUUUAAAUUGUUAUUUGUAGUGGUUUUUAUGUAUUAUUUAUGAAUUGUUAAAAUAUAAAUUAUUUUCAACCAAGCAGAAACUGCAAAAAUCACUUUUAUUUGGCAAAAUAAUCAUUCACAAAAAUAUAUGUUUAUUCACUGUGAAUACAAAUUUUUGAAUAUUAGCAGCUAUGGAAAAGAGAACAAAAAGAUUGUGUACAGCUGAAAUGGAUAAAACAUGUUUAGAAUAGUAGUGUUGCAAGUGGAGUAUUAAUUUACGUCAGGAUAUUUCAGUCAGGAUUUAAAAACACUGUGGAAAUGAUGCAAGUGCUGGUCUUCCACCAACCUGAAAUAAAGAGCAGCAGAGUCAA